UCCCAAGGGAAGCGGCUAUUUGAGAUUUUACUAAGAAGUCAGCAAACAUUCUUUCACUAGUCCCUUCUGCUCCCUCUUUGUUUAUAGAGAAAGCCCUGAUUUCUGUUUCAUUUUCAGCUGGAGACUUAAAUGACACCAAGCAAAGCCUACUUAGUUUAGAUUUCCAGAAAUUGGCUGGUGGAAAAAUCAAACAUGAAGUCUGCAGUUUUGUUUUGCUUUGUUCUACUGAUCAUUUUUCAAACUGACUUUGGACAAAAUGAAGAGACUCCGAGGAGGCAAGGGAGGAAGAUGCGUUACAGGAGACUGAGGAAAAGCUCCUCCCCCAGCCGCAGAUCAGACAGAAAGCAUGGAGUGCAGCAGAUGACAGCUACAUCAGCACCAAGGUUUCCCAUUGUUAACUUUGAUGACAGCACAGAGGACAAGUUUGAAUCCUUUUCAAGUUUUCCUGGAGUAGAAUCAAGUUAUAAUGUGUUACCAGGAAGGAAGGGGCGCUGCCUGGUGAAGGGCAUGGCCAUGCACAACAGAGCCGUGUGGUCUCCGGAUCCCUGCACCACCUGCCUCUGCUCAGACGGAACAGUGUUAUGUGAUGAGACCAUGUGCCGCCCCCAGAGCUGCCCCCACCCCAUCACACACGAGGGGGAGUGCUGUCCUGUCUGCCCCAAUGCCGUCUCCUCUCCCCUACUCAGUGACAUAGCAUUACAAGACAGCACUGCCUUUUCUGGUGAUUCUUCAGAUCAAAGAGAACCUGUCCAUUUACUUCACAAGCAGCUGCCGCCUGCUCAGGUACAGACGGACCAAGGGUCAAGAAGAGAAGCCCUUGAGUCUGAAGAGGACGAAGAAGAAAUUAAAGAGGAUGAUGUGGAGCAUGAGAGAGACACCCCUGGCCCUAGAGAUGGGGGAAAACUUCACGAGGGGCAGAGUGGAGGACAGAGGAAGCAGAAGCCUGUGGAGGAGGGGAGGCCACCAUACCAACAACAAGGUCAUGGGGAGGAGGCAGAGGAGGAAGACGAGGAAGACGAGCGAGGCGAGGAGGAGGAGAAUGACGCUGUGAGAGGAGACAUGUUCCGAACACCCUCCAGGUCCCCACUCCCCGCGCCCCCAAGAGGUGCCCUGCGCCUGCCCGCUGGGUGCUCUUUGUCCUACAGGACCAUCAGCUGCAUCCACGCGGACCUCAGCCAGAUCCCACCGCUGGCCGCGCCGCAGAUAACCAGUCUGGAGCUUGUCGGCAACUCCAUCACCUCCAUCCCGGAUGAAGCAUUUAAUGGAUUACCCAACUUGGAAAGGCUUGAUCUCAGCAAAAAUAAUAUCACCUCCUCAGGUGUGGGUCUGAAAGCAUUCAAGUUCCUGAAGAAGUUAAUGCGUCUGAACAUGGAUGGAAAUAAUUUGAUAGAGAUUCCUUCAGAAUUACCAUCUACAUUAGAAGAACUUAAAAUCAAUGAGAACAAUCUCCAGGGUAUUGAUGAAGAGAGUUUAUCAGGCUUAAAUCAACUGGUUACCUUAGAAUUGGAAGGAAACAAUCUUAGUGAAAUAAACGUCAAUCCUUUGGCUUUUAAACCUUUGAAGAGCCUAUCCUACCUGCGUCUGGGAAAAAAUAAAUUUAGAAUUAUACCCCAGGGUCUUCCAGCUUCUAUUGAGGAAUUAUAUCUUGAAAAUAACCAAAUUGAAGAAAUAAGUGAAACUUGUUUCAAUCAUACCAGAAAGAUCAGUGUUAUUGUCCUACGUUAUAAUAAAAUAGAAGAAAACAGAAUUGCUCCUUUAGCUUGGAUAAGUCAAGAGAACCUGGAAUCCAUUGACCUGUCUUACAACAAACUCUACCAUGUGCCCGGACACCUGCCCAAGUCUCUACUUCACCUGGUACUCAUAGGGAAUCAGAUUGAACGGAUCCCAGGCUAUGUGUUUGGUCACAUGGAGCCGGGCCUGGAAUACUUGUAUUUGUCAUUUAACAAACUUACUGAUGAUGGCAUUGACAGAGUCUCAUUCUAUGGGGCAUAUGAUUCCCUAAGAGAGUUAUUUCUGGAUCACAAUGAUUUAAAAUCCAUACCACCGGGGAUACAAGAAAUGAAAGCACUACAUUUUCUGAGGCUCAACAACAACAAGAUACGGAAUAUUCUUCCGGAACAAGUUUGCAUUGCUGAGGAAGAUGGUGACUCAAUGCUGGAACAUCUUCACCUUGAAAACAAUUAUAUCAAAACUAGAGAAAUACCAUCCUAUGCAUUUUCAUGCAUAAGAUCAUAUUCAAGUAUUGUUCUUAAACCACAAAAAGUAAAAUAAUUUCAAGUUUUCCCAUCACCAUUUAUAAACUUUACUCAUAUAUCUGCAGUAGUAUCAUUUGUCAUUAAUGAGAGACAUAACCUCAAGUAUCACAUUGCUGGUCAAAUUAAUUUGCCAACCCAAUAACAAACAACCAAAAAUUUACAUCUAGGCAUUUUAGUGGAGGUAAAAAUGCUCAGUUUCCCCAUUCAGCCAUCUGAUAUUAACCAGGAGAAUCUGGAAUGAAUAAAUACAUCCUCUGUGAUUGCCGAAACUUCCUGUGUGAAGUUAAAUAUUACUGCAAUGUUAAUUUCCUAGCUUUAUCAUUGCACUGUGGUUAUGAACACUAUUAAUAUUAAGGUAAGCUAGCAGAAAGGUAUAUAUAUAUUCUAUAUUAUUUUUUAAUUUUUGUAAAAAUAAAAUAAAAAAGAUCUUCCUCAAUUGUCAAUGUAUUUUAAAUAAACAGUAUUUUAAGAUCUCUCAUUUUUUUAUUCAAGAUAAAUACAUUAUGGAAAGCAGUAGUUAAAAAUACAAAUUAAACUAUUCAUAUUGUGAUCCUGUUAAUGUAAACCUAGUGCAUGAAUUUUUGGAAAUUCCUGAUACAGUGGUCAUAAUUAGCAUUUAUUUCUUCUGCCCUAAUUUGCAGUAAUACAUCUUUUUAUUCAUUUUAAUCAACACAAAGGCAUUAGUUUUUUCUAUGUAUUGGCACUACCAAAUGACACAUUAAAAUCUUUAUUGAAUAAUGA